AUGAGGGCAGCUUCAUUCUUCUGCGGCGUCUCGGUUUUGUUGCCCCUCGUCAACGCGCAGGCGUCGACCGGUGCCGAGGCGCCCCUCAUCACCGCUUCCGCCCGCGCCUUCUUCAUAUUCGACACCCACCCAACGGGCAGCCUCGAGGCCUCCAUCAUCGCGCACAACAGAAGAAACGAAACCCACCACGUGGCCUGCCCGACGGCGGAUGCGGCCUGCAAGAAGGAAGGCCACUGGCCAGCGACCGUCACCCACAUCGAGGGCUCCAGCUGGAUCGGGACCAACACGGCCACGGCGGGCAUCGAGAAGCAGUGGAGAUUACGGUCAGUGCUUCGUAACAACUGUCGACGCGGCGGGGUCGACGACGGGCGAGUACAAUCCGUCAGCGCUCCUUUCGUAUUGGUCCGAGUGGCUAGCUACAGCGACUUGUGCGACCUUCACAAGUCCGGCACCGUAUACCAGAUCGGUAUCUGGAAGACCUGCGACUGGAGCAACGGGAAGCGCGUCGUUUCUGGUAGAGACAGGAGGAGGCGUGACGACGGCAACGGGAACCAAGUCGGGGACAGAAGCAGACAUCGGGACGGAGACGGGAACGGCUGCGGUGGCGUCGACGUCGGCUCCGGCGAGUGGGUCUAG